AUGAAGAAGGUCAAGAAGAAAAAGUCCGAUUCCAGGCGCCGCAGGGAUUCCAUUUCACCGCAGGCUAGCUCCGACUCCUCACAGCAUCCCAGCUCGGAAUCCCCACCGACAUGCCCAGAGCCCGUCUUGCCACCGUCUCAGCCACAGCCCUGUCAGGAGUCGACCCCACCACAAGUUAACCCUGAACCUAUACCGGAACCACCUGCACCCCCGGCUCUCCCAGCUGCAGAAUGCUGGGCCUCAACGCCAUGCCUGAUACCUGCUAAAGUUGAACCCAAAGCAAGCUCUCCAUCCAGAAAACCAGCAGUGCCUCUGACCUAUAUGGCUCCACGCUCCUGUUCCUGUAUGGCCUGCCCUGGCAGCUCUGCUUGCUGGCGUCGCCUGGGGCUGUGUCACAGCCGCAUCUUCGAUGUCCUCCUGCCUCGGGACUGGCAAGCCAUGCCGGGGAGAGGAUUCCCAAAUCUUCUCACCUUCUACAGAAAACCUUCAAGGAAAUACUGCACUUCCCGUAACUCACGUACUUCAGGCUCUCGGGACUGUUGCUGUGUCUCUGGGGGCCCUGGGAGCUGCCUACUUCAUCGCUGAAUCCUUGUGAACUGAACCCCAGGCCCAUGGUCCAGCAGAUCCAGUGUCCAUCAAAGG